CUUCUCCCGAUUUUCGUUGUAUAGCCCGCAACAUGCCAUUCUAGUAGUGCGGCACCGUAAUUUUCAUACCUGAAGCGUCAUCUUGUCGCCAAAUUCUUGCGAUGAGGUUCCCGCUGCUCCUAGCGAGCUUGCUAGCCACAGCAUUCUUCCAGUCGGGGACCAAUGCUCAAACAGCGGGAGUAUGCUCCAUCCUGAGCACGUAUCAGACGCUAAACCUGUUUGCCGAUCCCGCAGAGAAGCUGGUAGUCCAGACCGCCCUCGGGCUCUUCGCUGCUGACGCUCACACGGUCGCCAAUCAAGCUAUCAUAUACAGCUCGACCGUGGACGACGCUUCCCUCGUCGCCGGCGCGCUCACGACACCUUCCAUCGCAGCAUUUGUCAAGAACAAUGCGGUGGACGUUAGCAACAUCACCGGCAAAUGGGAAGCCUGGAAGAUAGUGUGCGUUGCUACGUCCGGAGUCUCCCCAAAGCUCCUCGUUGUCGGUGCGGACCCUCGCGGUGCCGCAUAUGCGUUGUUGGAAGUGAGCAGACUCAUUGGAGUGAGUCCCUGGGUAUGGUGGGCGGACGUGAACCCUGACCCGCUCACAAGCUUCACGCUCCCAAUCGGCUAUAAUCGUUCUGGCUCACCCUCUGUGCAAUACCGCGGAAUCUUCCUGAACGAUGAGGAUUGGGGGCUCCGCCCUUGGGCCGCCACCACGUACGAGACCGGAGGCGGGUCGGGGAGAAUUGGUAGCCAAACAUAUGAGCGGAUCUUCGAACUUUUGUUGCGUUUGCGCGCAAACAGUAUCUGGCCUGCGAUGCACUCUGGCACCGUUGCAUUCUACACCAUUCCUGGCGUCAAAGAGGCAUCCGACAAAUUCGGCAUUGUCGUGGGCACGUCACACGCGGAACCGCUGAUGCGCAACCCCGCCGCGGAGUGGAUGGUCGCCGAGCGAGGGGCCUUCAACUGGAUCACAAACAAGGCCAACGUUACGACGUUCUGGAAGCAGCGUCUCGACCAGGUCCGCGGGAGUGACAUCCUCACGACCAUGGGGAUGCGGGGGCAGGACGACAGUCCCAUGCAAGGUGUCUCGACCACCGCACAGAAGCUGUCCGCGUUGACGGACGUUUUCAACACCCAACGAGCUUUACUGGCUCAGUACUACCCCGAUACUCAGCCGCAGCAGAUUUUUGUUCCAUAUAAAGAAGUUCUCGAUGUGUAUAACGCGGGCUUGAGAGUGCCUGAUAACAUCACCCUUGUGUGGUGCGAUGACAACUAUGGAUAUAUGACACGGCUGUCCAACACAACAGAGCAGGCUCGUAUUGGAGGCUCCGGGGUGUACUAUCACAUCUCUUACUGGGGCCGUCCCCACGAUUAUCUAUGGAUUGCGAGCACGCAGCCGGCGUUAAUCUACUACCAAAUGCGGCGCGCUUUCAACUACAAAGCCAAAAAGGUGUGGAUCGUCAAUGUCGGCGACAUCAAACCAGCAGAGUACCUGAUGGAGUUUUACCUCGAUUUGGCUUGGGACAUCAAUAAUGUGAAUCCCACGACCGUCCAGCAGCACCUUGUGAAAUGGGCAACUCGCGAGUUCGGGAGAUUGGGCACAGCGGUUGCCAAUGUCAUGCAGCAGUACUACGCUCUGGCGACACCUCGCAAGCCGGAACACAUGGGCUGGAACCAAUGCGAGACUCCGACAGCGAGUCAGACAAGUCCUACGGACACUGAGUUCAACCCCUUCUCCUUCGGUGAUGAGAUGGCGAAACGCAUCAACGCCUACGCUGCUUUGCAGGCUGCCGUUGCCCAGCUAGCCACUGUCGUCGCGGCAAAUAGACAGGAUGCAUUCUACCAGCUGGUGCAGUACCCAGUGAAUGGCGCGGCACUGAUAAACAAGAAGCUCCUGUACGCGCAAAAGGCCAGACUUCUAGCCAAGAGCAGCCUUACCGCCGCCAACGACUAUGCCACGCUUAGCACGGCGGCGUAUAAUGACGUCAAGACGAACACGAACAAGUACAAUACUGGAAUCAUGCAAGGAAAAUGGAACCAUAUCAUCAGCAGUGCUCCGAGGAACCUCCUUGUUUUCCAGGCCGCUACCCUUCCCGCUGCAGUAGCUGCAAGGAGCGGAACGACAACAUUAUGGGCGGAGUACGACGAUAAGCCGUUACCGGUGGGAACCCGAUGGGCGCCACCCAUCUUCAUUCGCGAGGUCGACAACGACGCAUUUGUCUCCGUUUUCACCGACGGGCAGGCUGUCACUUGGUCCGUGCAGAAGGCUCCGUCAUGGUUGCUUAUAGAGCUUAUUGAUACCGCCGUCCCUUCGGAGAAGAGGCUUCGGUUUUCUGUCAAGUGGAGUCUCAUCACGAACGAUACGAAUGCGUCGUUGACGCUCGUGGUGAACAAUCUCUCCUGGCCCGUGAUCUUCACCGUGAAAACGUUUAAUGUCGCUGCUAGCGGGCAUCAAUGGAACACCCUCGUCGCGAUCGAUGGUUCAAGCUACACAUCCUCAUCUGGGACAGAGGUGUUUCCGGGCCUCGGGCACAGUGGCUCUGCCGUUGUGUUGACUAGCGCGACAACUAGCUUUGCCGAGUACACUAUGUACACGACAGCGACAGGCGCGGCGAACAUCACAACUUACGUUCAGCCAAACCAGCCAAUGUCCUACAAUGGAGACAUCCGCAUCUCCGUCGCAGUUGACGGCGGUACGGCAAAGACCCUAUCGUUUUCCACUCCCUUCCGAAGCGAGGAUUGGAAGCUUUGGGUUUUGCGAAACCAAACACCUCUAAAGUUUACGUACACAUUUACGACGGCGGGAAUUCACAAGGUUCGAGUGAAGGCAUUGGACGACGGAAUUAUUCUUGAUCAGCUACUAGUUGAUUUCAGUAAGACUCCCAGGAACUUUUACAUUGUGCCUUCGAAGGGCGCUGCUGCUCAGGUUGUUCCUCAGCCGUUGCCCAACGUCACGGCGGCAGAAUCGUUCAACGUUGCGGCCAUUGGAACAAUGCCGAAGUUUUAGAUUGGGUCAGAAGCACGAGCGUUGAAGAGAGCGAUGUAUGGUGGAAAUCCAGA